AUGGCUGUAAGGACUCAAAUAGCCAAUCAAUCCAUUGUGAAAGAGUUUCUUCUGAUGACGUUUUCAGAUGACCGUGACAUGCAAAUUUUGCACUUUGUGAUUUUCCUUUCCACUUAUUUCUUAGCCGUAACAGGGAACUGUCUCAUUGUCAUAGCCGUGGCCCUGAACCAUCACCUCCACACCCCCAUGUACUUUUUCUUGGUGAACUUGUCAGUGAUGGAUACCUGUGUCAUCUCUACCACUGUCCCCAAAUCCAUGGCCAUUUCCUUGACAAACAACAACCAUAUUUCUUUCUCUGGAUGUGUCACACAGAUCUUCUUUGUUGUCAUGUGUGUCACUGCUGAGCUCGCCAUCCUCACUGUUAUGGCUUAUGACCGCUAUGUAGCCAUCUGCCAUCCUCUCCAGUACAGAUUAAUCAUGAAUUGGGAUGCCUGUGCUCAGAUGGCAGCUGCUACUUGGAUAAGCAGUGUGAUGCAUGCAGUGUUAGAAACUGGUGUAACAUUUAGUUUAAGCUUCUGUCAAUCCAAUCUUAUUGAGCAAUUUUUCUGCGAUAUCCCUCAGCUACAAAAGAUCUCUUGCACUGAUACAAAAGUUAAUGAACAACUUCUUAUUCUUGGGCUUAUUGUGGACUUCUUUAUGUUUAUAUUCAUCUUUGUUUCCUAUGGCUACAUCUUCUCUACGGUACUCAAGAUUCCAUCCGUUCAAGGCAGACACAAAGCCUUCUCUACCUGCACUCCCCACCUGGCUGUAUUUUCUUUAUUUAUUAUCACCGCUGUCUUUUCCUACAUGAGGCCCAAAGCACUUUCCUCUCCAACUCUGGAUUUAAUCUCUGCUGUUGUAUAUACUGUUUUACCACCAGUUCUGAAUCCAAUCAUUUAUAGCCUCAGGAACAAGGAUAUCCAAGAGGGUAUGUGGAAAAUACCCCUCCAAAUUAAGAAACUAAUUUCAUGA